UAUGCUGAGUAUGCUCAUCACCGCCGGCCCCGCCGCCAGCAUAAAAAUCUAACGAUGGCCGUCCCGCUACUAAUGCGCUCCGGUUCGGAACGUCCCUGAUUUUCCUGCUGCCCUCCAGUGAUUGAUUGUCCGUCUCCUCCCUCCUCUUUCCCCUUCACCUUCUCUCUCCCUCCUCCCCUUUCACCUCCUUUCUCCCCUCCCCCGGGAUUGCCUGCAAUUGCUCGCCAGCAUGGCUUCCCCCAAGGUUCCGGAUGCCAUUGCCCCGGCAGAGCAGCCGCCAUCGCCCUCCACCGAUCGCCAGGAUUCCAUGGCUUCCGCAGCCAAGAUCAUCCAGAAUGCCAAAGCGGCCACGGACAAGGAGCAGAAGAUGACCCUGCUCCAGGGCGUCAAGCUCUAUCCCAAGGCCGUUGCCUGGAGUAUCCUUAUCUCCACCUGCAUUGUCAUGGAAGGCUACGAUAUCAGUCUUGUCAACAACUUCUACGCUUUUCCUCAAUUCAACCGAAAAUACGGCGAGUUGUCGGCAGAUGGGACAUAUCAGGUGCCAGCACGGUGGCAAUCGGGUUUGAGUAACGGUGCCUAUGUCGGAGAAAUUAUCGGCCUCUUCAUCAAUGGCUGGGCCUCGGAACGCUUCGGAUAUCGUUAUACUAUCAUGGCUUGUCUCGUUUUGAUCACGGCGUGGACUGCCAUCUUCUUCACCGCCCCGAACGUCCAGGCGCUGCUGGCUGCGGAAAUUCUGGCCGGUAUUCCCUGGGGAGUGUUUCAGACAUUGACCGUCACUUAUGCGUCGGAGGUGUGUCCGGUGGCGCUGCGUGGAUACCUCACGACCUACGUCAAUUUCUGCUGGGGAUUGGGACAACUGAUCGGUAUCGGUGUGAUCAAGGGGAUGAUCAAUCGGGAUGACCAAUGGGCGUACCGGAUUCCAUAUGGACUGCAGUGGAUGUGGCCAUUGCCCCUCUUCAUCGGGAUUUCUCUCGCACCAGAAUCCCCAUGGUGGUUGGUCCGGAAGGGCAAGAUCCAACAAGCCAAGAAAGCCCUGCUGCGGUUGACGAGCGUGAAGCGGGAGACCAACUUCGACGCGGACGAGACCAUCUCGAUGAUGGUUCAUACCACAUCCCUGGAGAACAAGAUCACAACGGGGGCCAGCUACCUGGACUGCUUCAAAGGCACCGACCUGCGCCGGACCGAGAUCGUCUGCAUGGUCUGGGCCAUUCAGAACCUGAGUGGCAACUCUUUCUCCAACUACUCGACUUACUUCCUCGAGCAGGCAGGCUUGAGCACCGACAAUGCCUAUGCGUUCGCCAUGGGCCAGUACGGAAUCAACAUGGUCGGCGUCUUCGGAGCCUGGUUCCUCAUGUCCAUCGGCCUGGGCCGGAGAACACUCUACCUGUACGGUCUCUGCGGGCUGUGCGUCAUGUUGCUCGUCAUGGGAUUCCUUGGCCUAGUGCCCGAGGAGCACAAAACUCAGGCCGCCCUGGCAACCGGCUGCUUGAUGAUCAUAUGGGCGCUCUUCUACCAAUUGACCGUCGGCACAGUCGCCUACUCCCUUGUCGCCGAGCUCUCCACCCGCCGCCUCCAAAUCAAGACGGUCGUGCUCGGCCGCAACCUGUACAACAUCGUGGCCAUCGUCUGCGGUGUCCUGACCCCGUACAUGCUGAACCCCGGCGCAUGGAACUGGGGCAACUAUGCCGGCUUCUUCUGGGGCGGCAUCUGCUUCCUUUGCAUCGUGUACACGUUUUUCCGGGUCCCGGAGCCUAACGGACGAUCGUUUGCCGAACUCGACCUCCUCUUUGAGCGGGGAGUCAGUGCGCGCAAGUUCGCCCAGACCCAGGUCGAUGUGUUUGACGAGACCAUGGAGCAUGGGACCGUCGAUCACUAUCAGACGGAGAAGACCGUGGCGGCCGAUGUGGCGGCCGUUGGGAAGGAGAAUUCGAACUCGAAUUCGAAUCCAACUUCAACUUCACCGCAAUGAUGAAUGACGCUCCUUUUGUAAUAACAAUUAAUAUAAUAAUGUACAUAGAGACAGCUAAUAAUGAACAUAGACGAUUAAUGAUUCAUUCUCAUGCUUACUGAGUCGUUAGGUGGGCUUGAUGUUACUACUUUGACAAUUGACAGGUUCCUCAU